UCUCUCUCGCGCUUUCGUCCCUUCCCCGCAAAACAAAGUCCCGUCCAAAAAGCCCUAAAAUUUCCCCCUUUUUCACCUCUUUCUCUGUGAAGCCCUAAUUUGAUCCAUCUGGUUGAGCUAUUGUUAAUGAUAAAGUGGUGAUUGGUUCUUAUGGAGAAAUCGAAUGCAGUGGUUUCUUAUUCUUCACUCUCUAGUGUUAAUAAAGCAAGUAACUACGAUGAGAGCUUGAGACCAGUUCUCUUCCCUGGGAAUAUUUCUUUCUCAUCUGGGUCAGGUCCAUUUGGACAGAAUCAUUUAUACCAGUCGUCAAUGGAUCCGGAGUUUCUUGGUGGGUAUGAUUCAGAAAAGGAUCCCUAUACUUAUGCAAAGACAAGGCCUCAGCCUGAAGUGAACUUAAAGAAUGUAAUGGGUGGGAUUUUGGCAAUUCUGACUGGGAAGAAUAAAGCUUCCGUAGAUACUCGAUUGCAGCAGACUAGCUCAGAUAUAUCAUUUCUUGGACCUGGAACAAAUGAGGAUAGUUUCUUGCAUCCAUCAGUUUACAUUCCUAGUGCACCACCUCUGCUUGAGGCAGAAGCCAUCAAUUAUAAUGCAUAUAAAGAGAUACUUGAAGCUGAUCCUCCUGAAUGGUUGCCAGACAGUUCUUCCACUACCUGCAUGCAAUGCAAUUCUCCUUUCAAAGCCCUUACUCGUGGAAGACAUCAUUGUCGAUUUUGUGGGGGUAUUUUCUGCAGAGUGUGCACAAAAGGGAGAUGUUUGAUGCCAAUUAAAUUCCGGCAACGUGAUCCUCAAAGGGUUUGUGAUGCCUGUUAUGACAGGCUUGAUCCUUUGCAAGGCAUUUUGAUUAACUCAAUCAGUAACGCAAUGCAGACAGCAAAACAUGAUGUUACAGAUUGGACUUGCUCAAGAGGUUGGCUAAACUUACCUGUUGGUCUGUCAAUGGAACAUGAGAUAUACAAGGCCUCCAACACUUUAAGAAGUUACUGUCAGGUUGCUAGGUUAAACCCUGAGAGAACUAUUCCUUAUGCUGUUCUAAAAGGUGCUAGUGGACUUGCCAUCCUUACUGUUGCUAAAGUUGGGGCACUUCUCACAUACAAACUUGGCACUGGUUUGGUUGUUUCUCGAAGAUCAGAUGGUUCAUGGUCUGCACCAUCGGCCAUAUUGUCUGUUGGUUUGGGAUGGGGUGCACAGGUUGGGGCUGAGCUAACGGAUUUUAUCAUUGUGCUUUAUGGUUCUAAAGCCGUGAAGGCAUUCUGUAGCCGCAUGCAUUUCUCCCUUGGCGCUGGGUUGAGUGCAGCGGCAGGACCUGUCGGUAGAGUUUUUGAAGCAGAUCUCCGAUCUGGUGAUAGAGGCUCUGGCUUGUGUUAUACUUACAGUUGCAGCAAAGGGGCUUUCAUCGGAGUUUCACUGGAAGGCAACAUCGUAGCAACAAGGAUGGAUUCCAAUCUACGGUUUUACGGUGAUCCUUACCUGACGACUACCGACAUUCUUCUGGGCACAGUAGAGAGGCCUAAAGCUGCUGAACCUUUGUACACCUCUCUAGACGAGCUCUACUCAAAUCUAAGAAGAUAUUGAGCUAUCUCUGUUCCACAUUCUUCUGAAUCCAACUUGCACUGAACAAAGUGGUGGGCCUUUUUCAAAGGUGCAAUUUGUUUUGGAUUCAAUCUCUGGUGGGGUAUCUUUCUUUAUCAAUUUCUGACUCUUGCUUGUAAAAUUGGAUUACCAGUGAGUUGGGUAACUUGGGUUGAAUAAAUGCCUAGUUGUAUAGGAAAUAAAAAUGAAAGACAAGUUGGAUUAAAGAAGACUUAGAGAAAGCUGGAGACAUCUGUAUACCCAGCAGAAUGGAUAAGAUAGCAUGAGACCCUUCCUUCACUUGUUUCUCUCUGAUAAACGACCAAAGUGAUUAUUAGUAGU